CUAUCCUGGCCGUAAAUCUGCGGUAACAAAAGCCUCCUCACAGUUUACUAGUCAUAAUGAUUUCAGGAGAGUUCAGAAUACAUCAAAUAUAAUAUUUUAUUAUCAGUCAGAUAAAACUGUAUCAUGUCAGUUACAUAAUGAAACAAUUAGAAGCCAAUUUAGAAAGGAUAGUGUAAUUGUGAAUCACAUUGUAGUAGUGUUGCAACUUUGCUCCUGCACAUAGACACUGUAGCCAUAUGGGGAACAGCCAAGUGAUCCACGCAGGAGGCACACAAAUUUAACAUAGUCACACAUGUAACAGGUAUCCUAAUUUAAGACACAUGGUCUAAAAUGCAUAUGUGCCUCAUUCUGGGCUGUGUAUUUAAGCUGAACACUUCCUUUGUAACCUUGCUUGAUUAUUGUUGUUCUUAAGCAAGUUCCUGCCGUAAAUUUGCUCUAGUUCUUAGAACUAUACUUUGAAAGUAUUUUUGGAUUAUUUUCCUGUGUUUAUUUUUGCUGUCUUUUCCCUGAGUUUUUGUUUUGGAUAUUUUUUUUCUUCUCCUUUUUGGACUGAAGAUUUUAGUUUUGUGGCUUUCUUUAAGAAAAGGAUUUUUAUACCCUUUUUUGCUAAAUAAACUCUUCUGAGUUAAUUUAAGGAUGCGUCUGACUAUUGGGUUCAACUACGUUUUGUGGCUCAGUGGUGGAAAUUAAGACCCUUGUGCCAGAGACCCAAGUUCGAGCCCUGGCUCUGACAGAAUAACCAAGCCACAUUAUGAACCCAGAGACGCCUAAUUCUCAAGAACUCCUUGCCACAGUUGCUCAGCAUGAGUCCAACGCCAUGACUCAGCACUAGUUCAGCAGAAGACUUUGAUGGCUAAACACUCACAGGUGCUGUCUGAUCUCAUGACUUCUGUCCAUCAGAUCUUUGACCGGCUGCCCUCUACUUCAGCUACUGUUGCCUCUGUAUCCCUUCCCUUCCAACCUCUCUCCACAACUCAUAGACCUUGGUCCCAUCUUUCCAUGGAUUUUAUCACUGGACUUCUGCUAUCACGAGGCAACACCACUAUCAUGGUCAUAGUUAAUGGAUUCUCAGAGGCCGCCUGAUUUAUUCCUCUGCCCAAACUACCCACAGCUAAAGAAACUACUGAAUUGGUUAUAAACCAUGUGUUUUUCGAGUCUUUGGCAUCCCACAAGACAUCGUCUCUGAUCAAGGACCCCAGUUUUCUCCCUGAUUCUGGUGUGCUUUUUGUCAAUCUCUGGGGGCUAUAUUGAGUAUCUUCUGGGUUCCACCCAGAGUCCAAUGGACAAACAGAGAGGCUUAACCAAGAUCUUGAGACUACACUGAGGUGUAUGGCAGCUAACAACCCAUCUUCUUGGUCUUUGUUCAUCAUGUGGGCAGAAUACAUGCACAAUACCCUUCGCUCCUCUGCUACAGGCAUGUCCCCUUUCGAGUGCCAGUUUGGGUACACCCCUCCACUAUUCCCUGAGCAAGAAGUGGAGGUUGCAGUUCUCUCUGCUCAACAGUUUGUUAAACUCUGCCGCCAUGCAUGGAAAAAGGCCCUACUCAAGCUCCUUAAGGCCUCUCAGCAGUACCAGCACCAGGCUAAUUGCAGACACAGACCUGCCCCCACUCUGCUCCUUGGCCAAAGAGUCUGGCUCUCCACUAAGAACAUUCCCUUCCGGGUGGAGUCCCGUAAACUUUUCCAGAGACUCAUCGGCCCCUUCAAGAUUGCCAGGAAAGCUAACCCAGUUACUUAUCGUUUAUACUUGCCUAAGUCUUUGGAGAUAAAUCCCACUUUUCAUGUCUCCCUGUUAAAACCUGUUUUGUCUUCUCCUUUUCUUGCGACAGGUAAACCUCCCCCGCCUCAUAUCAUCGGUGGCCAGCCAGCUUACACAGUCCACAGAAUACUGGAUGUCCAUCGAGUACAUGAGUCCCGCCAGUAUCUUGUGGACUAUGGCCCUGAGGAGCGCGCCUGGGUUCCUGCCAAAGACAUCUUGGACCCCGAACUAGUUCAAGAAUUUCAAGCUCGCAAGCCCAGUUGUCCUGGAGGGAAUGUCAGGAGCCGUUCCUAGAGGGAGCUGGGGUCCCACGGGUGGAGGAUCUUUUGUGGAGGUAGUGGUGCUGCUUCAACGUUUGCCGUGUGAAACUUUUUGAAGUGUGUGCGUAUGUGAACUGAGUUCACGGUGUGGUGUGUAGAAGUGUGCUUUUGGAUAACUAGUGCUGGUGAUCACUCCGGUGGGUAACCUCAGCCCUGUAAGUUAGUGUAUUUUGUUUCUUGUUGUUUUUUUUUUUUUUUUUUUUUUUUUUUUUGUUUUUUUU